GUCACGUGGUCACCAGGAAGCUGCGAUCUGUUUACGUUAUGUGUCAUCAACACACUGCGACACCACAGCGUCCUUUAUGUGUGAUGAUAGAAAACAUGAAUCCAGUCAGUGCUCGGUGUCUGUGCUGAACAUGUCCUCCUCCAUCUUCCCUGUGUGAUCGUCAUCAUGGCGUCUUCAAGUUACACUCACGUCGCGGACAGCGCCACAGAGAAGGACAGGCUCCUCUCCUCCGUGGCCGGCUAUGGGUCCCAGGACCAUCUUGUGGGAGGAAACCCUCGUCCCACUACUCUGGUGGGCUCUGAGCCCCCUCAGAAGCAGGAGGAAGAGGAGGAGGAGGAGGAGGCCCUGAGGAGGAAGCUCAAGUACUUCUUCAUGAGCCCUUGUGACAAGUAUCACGCCAAGGGACGCAAGCCUUUCAAACUGGGUCUGCAGCUGCUCAAAAUCAUCAUCGUGACCGUGCAGCUGGUGCUGUUCGGACUGAGCAACCAGAUGGUGGUGACGUUUAAAGAGGACAACACAGCUGCAUUCAAGCACCUUUUCCUGAAGGGAUACAAGGACGGCGCUCCUCAGGCCGUCCACACGCAGGAGGAGCUGUACAGCCGCAUCCACUUCGCCAUAGAGCAGUACAUGGCUCUACCUCAGAUCUCACUGGGGCGGUAUGCAUACGCAUUGGGCGUCGGUUAUAACGGAAGUGCGUUCUCACUCUGCCAGAGGUACUACAGGAGGGGCACCAUUGAUCCCGUCAACGACACCUUUGACAUCGAUCCCACUGUCGUCACCGAGUGCAUUGGACUGAACCCGCUGACCGACGGUUCAGCUCCAGGAAACAGUGACUACAAGAAUUUCACUCUCAAGUUCUACAAGCUGAUCAAUGUAACCAUUGACUUCCAGCUGAAGGCCAUCAACAUUCAGACCAUCAUAAACAAUGAGAUCCCCGACUGCUACACUUUCGCCAUCACGAUCAUCAUGGAUAACAAGGCGCACAGCGGCAAAGUCAAGAUCAGUCUGCAGAACCAGGCCACAAUAAAGGAGUGUAAAGACCCCAAUGUUUCGGGACACGCGGAGAGCUACGCUCGGGAGUUCUUAGAUGUGCUGGUGGCGUUCGUUUGCCUGCUGUCCCUGCUGCUGUGUGGCCGCUCCAUCCUCAGAGGCAUCCUCCUGCAACACGAGUAUGUGCAGCUUUUCAAACACAGACUUGGCCGCAGCGUGAGCUGGGGAGACAGGAUGGAGUUCAUCAACGGCUGGUACAUCCUGCUCAUCAUCAGCGACAUGUUCACCAUCAUCGGCAGUUUCAUCAAAAUUGGGAUCGAGUCCAAGACUUUGUCAUCGUAUGACAUGUGUGGGAUCCUGCUGGGAACCUCCACUCUGCUGGUGUGGGUAGGAGUCAUCCGUUACCUCAGCUUCUUCCAGAAAUACAACAUCUUGAUUGUGACUCUCAGAGCUGCUUUUCCAAACGUUAUCCGCUUCUGCUGCUGUGCAGCUGCCAUUUAUAUGGGAUACUGCUUCUGUGGAUGGAUCGUGCUGGGGCCCUAUCAUACCAAGUUUCGCUCCCUGGCCAUGGUGUCAGAGUGCCUGUUUUCUCUCAUCAAUGGAGACGACAUGUUUGUGACGUUCGCUGAGAUGGAGCAGAGCGGCACGAUGGUGUGGAUCUUCAGCCAGGUCUACCUGUACACCUUCAUCUCCCUCUUCAUCUACAUGGUGCUGUCCCUCUUCAUCGCACUCAUCACCGGAGCCUACGACACCAUCAUGGCCCAAACACAGGAGCAGGUACGAGUCAGCGACCUGUACACGUUCAUUGCAGAGUGCACGGACACACCCAGCUCCGGCAAGUUCCGCGGGCCUGAGGGGUCAUCGUGCUCCUUCCUCUGCUGCUUUGACUGUUGAGGAGGAGGAGAAAGCACAGAGGGAGUACAGAGGGAGUAAGCAGUGUACGGGUGUGUGUGUUUUUUCCCUCUCUUUAAAGCACUGUAUUUCCACUCUGGUGACAGCUGUCUGAAAUUGCGCUCCUUCCUCCAAACUCCCUGCGGGGACGAUAAACGCCUUGAGAGUGCACAGACUGACCUUGGGCCACGCUGUCCGCGUUUGAAUUUUGCAUUUAGAUUUGUACUGGAACGAUUGAACGCUCUGCACAGUCACAAGCCCAAUUACCUGCUUCAGCUUUUGUACUGUAUGAAUAAUUUAUCAUCUCUCUGAAAUGUCAGUUUGUUACAGGCUCUGACGACUGGACGCAUAAUGCCAGUAAACAUAUUCAUUGCUGUAGACUGGACACAGGGUCCGCUAAGUAAAAUGGACGCACAUUUUCACUUGAAUGAUCCACUGAACACACACAGGGUUUUAUUAUCAUUUUAGUAUCCACGUGGCUGCCUUGGUGACAGGAUGUUUGCCCUCUUGAUUAUGUAAAUAUGUGUAUAUCCUCUGAUAUUUUAUAGCACAGGAACAAUAGGCACAAGAGACGGCUAAGCAGGCUGAAAAAAAGGGAUCAUUAACUGCCGCGUGUACGCUUUAGCUUCUGUAACGUUUUCAGUCGAGGCUCUGCUCGUAUUUUCAUUCUUUGCUUUGUUCAUGUCCUCCUCCGGCUGCACGAGGAAGGACGAGCCCUGCAGCCAACCAGUUAGUCAUCAAUAUGUAUGAACUGUUUGAGCCAGGUGACUAAUGCACCAAGAGACGCAGCCUCUUUACGGUUUGGUUUAAAGUGCUCCAUGCAAGGUUGUAUAAUUAUAUUCCUGUAGAAAAUCAGGACUCAAACAGCAGAGUGUGGUGAAGAAGGAAACAGUGGAGGGCAAAAAAAGGCUUUAAGUCUCUAAACCUUUAUGUUAUGUGGAUUAUUAGUCAUAGUCUGAGUCGUUACAUAAAACCUAAAAACACCUUUUGAUCCUCUGCUUGGACGAUCUAGGCAGGGAAAACACAUCUACAAAAAAAAAAGUUCUUGAUUCUUCUCCAGUUGUCCGUUUUCAAAUUGCAGCCCAACCACUCUUUUUCUUUUGCUCAGUAGCAGCAGGAUAGUUUUAUAUCAGUUGCUGGUUUGCCACAGUUUGUUUUAGUAGUGUUUUUCAUACUCACUUAAGUUUUUUGAAUGAAUUCUUUUUGCCUCUGCCAUUGUUUUGUUUCAAGAUUCACACCAGCAGUGGUGUUUUUUAGUUCAGUCCGGAUGUUUAUGAGCACCACAAGACAGCAUGUGCUCAUACUUGAGAUAAUAAGGCUUAAGCCAGGUGUUCUCACGCUGGGACUCCAUUGUCACAGACGAACUAAGCCAAAUUAAAGCCACAUUCAUGAAACUUGUUUAACCCAAAUGUUAUAGUUGAACUAGUCCACGUUAAGGCCUAACCAGCCCUGAGACUUUUUAUGCACUCAUUGAAUAAAUUUCUCUCAAAUUUUGGUCACAAAAUUGGUUAAAAUCCAUGUUAGUGAGCACUUCUCCUUUUUUCCAAGAUAACCCAUCCACCUGACAGUUGUGGCAUAUCAACAUACUGAUUAAACAGCAUCGUUACUACACAGGUGUGCCUCAGGAUGGUCACAGGAAAUGCUCACAAGUUCUCAUUAACAAGGAUUAAACUAAUUUGUGACAAAUGCUGUGUCUCAAAUCGUGUACAUCCGUCAGUACACUUCUAUGCAGUAUACUAUGUGCACUAUGUACUUAUUGGUGUAGUGCGAAAAUUUCGACAGGGUAGUGUUGUCUCAAACCAAACACGGCCGUUGUGCGCUCAGCGGAAAUGAUGACCGCAGCUGUUAGCUAGUCAGCAAACUAGCAUUGGCAUUUGCGUUAUCGUUCACGGUACCAAAUCAUUACAGCCUACUAAAUUAACCCAAUAAACACACUGCUGGCUUAUACCUGACAACAGU